CAGUGUCCUCCCCUGCAAUCAUCGCUCACCUCACACAGCGCACCCACAGCCUCCUCUGUUCUCUGACCUCCUCUGCCUCUUGCAACAAAGCGACGUAAGCAUAACAUCGACACGCAUCCAAGCGUCAAUGACCAAGGUGCACCCCAACGUUGCUUCUGCCGCCACUGCCAAGGCGGCAGCAGCGGCAGUAGCGGUUGCUCCGGCAGUAAGGGAGGAGAAGGGGGAGGCCGUGUCGCUGACAGUGUGGCGGCAGUCGCUGCUGUUCAACGGGAAGGGGUUCACUGUAUUCGACUGCAAGGGUAACCUGGUUUACCGCGUCGAGUCCUACACCGGCGGCUCGCCCCGAGAGAUCGUCCUCAUGGACGCCGACGGCCAUGGCCUCCUCAUCAUCCGCCGCAAGAAGCUGAGCUUCGCGGACGAGUGGCUGAUCUACGACGGCGACGCGGCGGCGGCCCAGUCGACCGCGGCCCCGACGAAGCGGUUCACGGCACGGCGGCACGUGAGCCUGCGCCCGACCAGGUCGCUGGCGCACCUUGCCCCGGCCCGCGCGCAGGCCCGCGGGGACACCGGCGCCGCGCCGAGCUGCCGGUACGACGUGGAGGGCUCAUACGCCGGGCGCAGCCUCGACGUUUUUGCCUCAUCCGGUUCCAACGGCGUGCAGCGGCGCCGCGUGGCGGCGGUGUGCCAGAAGGAGGCCGCCGUCGGGCCGGACGUGUUCAGCCUGGUGGUGGAGCCAGGCUUCGACCCCGCGCUCGCCAUGGCCGUCGUCAUCCUCCUGGACCAGAUGCACGCAUCUUAAAGGUGUCCUGGACGCCAGUGCACAAAUCUUACUACUUCCUGUGCCGCAGCGGUGCACCGCGUGGAGCAAGCUUUGUGUACAAAGCAUCCUCUGAUUGCUUCAAAGAUCAAGGCACAUCCUUUUUUAUGCUUCACGUUGAUGGCUCAGCACUCACGUUGAUGGGAAGCAUGUGAUGGUUUUAUGUUUCUUCGGGUUUAGGAUUUAGAGGUAGGGACGGUACAUGGCAAAGUGGCCAUAUAGAUGUGUUUUAUGUGCCGUUUUUUUAUCUUGGCGAAAUCUACGUAUGUAGAAAUCCAGACCUUAAAAUCACGUAUGGUUGUAUAUGUACAUCUAUGUCCGAUCCUUUUUGUUUCCUUUGAUGGAAAUUGUGGUGGUUUUAUGAUAUAUCUUGUUAUCAAAUAAUGGUUGUGGUGAACAGAA